AUGAAACUUAAAACAGAUACGGAGGAAGGGCCGACAUUGCCCCCUCCGGAAAUAAUAGAGGCUGAUCUGUACAAGCGUACAUAUUUCGGUCCUGAUGUCCCAACCCUGGAACUGGAAUGCUGGGAAGAAGAGCUUUCAGAAGUUCAAUUGCAAGCGUACAAGCAUGCUGAUGAGGAAUAUAAAAACAUCCAAAAUACCCUGGAUGAUAUAGUUAAGGAUACAGGAGGGAAAAUAGUUUACAAUGGAGAUCAAUUUACCGCAUACCAACUGCUUGGAAAGCAACCUGUUUUGAAAGAUUUAGAAAGACAAAGUGCUGAUAUCAUCAGGUCAAGAUCCAGAUCCAUGUCAAUAUCAAAAGAACCAAAGGGAAGUAAACGCACUCGAGGCAAGCGUGACUACUCUCGUGAAAAAAGUUACUCUCCAGAAAUACGACCCAGCAAAAAGAAGAAGAAAGACAAAGAAAAGAAAAAAGAAGAUAAAGAGAAUAAAGAAGUCACUAAAACCAAGGACAAAACUUUAGCUCCAUCCAAUGUGCACAGCGUAGUGACCAAUGUGAGACCUUCAGAAGUGACAGCAAUUGGUGGCCUCCUCACUGGAACCACUGCAAAGACAACUGCCAUUGUUGAUCUGACUAAAGAAGAUGGAAAUAAGAAUGUUGCAGAUUCCAGAGAAGUCUCAUUUAAUAAACUACAAGGUAAAACCUUCCCAUCACUCGUAGUAGUGGCGCGGCCAUACUUGCGCACGAAGGAAGCACCGGCAAGUGACCGUGCAGCACUUGACACUAAGGUUAAGUCAGUGCUGGUUCACACUCCUAUGAAAUUUACUGAGUGGCUCAUCCAACAAGGGCUUGUACGCUCAGAGCAAUGGUGUGCAAUACAUCAUGGAAACAAACUUAAAUUAGGAAUGUACUCCGACACAACAAAAUUCCCAUAUUCCGGAGGGUAUGUUUGGAUUUCUGAAUGUUGCCCAACUAGAUUUGUGUCUGUAUUCUCAAGCUCAAUAUUUGAAGGAGCAACAUUCCCGCCAAGUGUGCUAUUAAAGCUAAUUUAUCAUUGGGCAUGUCAGACGAAUGUGCAAAAUGUGGUCCAGUGGGUUAAAGUGGAUAACCUGUAUGUGAAAGGGUUAUUUACUUGGUUGCGUGCUAUUUGUACGUCUGCGACACACCAACACUUAGGUCUGCUAGGUGGUGGGGGUAAAAAAGUAGAAGUAGGCGUUAUCUCACUUGGAACCACCAGUCAUGAUGGAACUCAACGGCAAGUCAAAGUUGAAGUACUUGGUGUGCUUGAUCCUGUGGAAAAAGUUAUUCGUCUUCGCGCUGUAGAACCACUUGCAGAAUAUGAGAAAAACUACAAGAAACGCUUUCAAAAGAUCUUAGAACCUCUUCAUAAUUGGGUGCACCCAUCUUCUAUCAUCCUAACCGACCUAACGGUAGACAAAAGCACUCUAGUCUCUAUGGGCUUUAAAAACGUGCACCAGUCGUCUUCACAUGCGGAACCACAACAUAAGAAUACAAACGCCAACAUCAUGGAGUAUUUACGCCGUAUAGUGCCGCGAAUGUUUCAAAACACCCUAUCGCUGCUUUCUCGUCAGAUCAUACAGCAGUUUUUGGAUGAACUGGUCUGGAGAGAAAAGUUUGGCAUUACUCCUGGUCAAGCAUUUGACAAUAUUGUAACGCAUAUAGCUGAGCAGACCAAACUGGAUGCAAAGGACAGCAUCACUGUCCGUCUCACUAAGAUUGCAGCACACCCCUUCAAGAACUGGAAAUAUCCUAACAAGAAAAAAGAACGAGAUAUAGAAGAUGCGCCAGAACCCGAGCUGGGGCGUGGUAGGCGUGGGCGCAAGAAGAAGGAACUCUCCCCUCCACCUGCACCCCCAAAGAAGAGGAAAAAGGAAAAGACUCUUUAUGUUGCCGAUGACGAUGACGAAGAGAUACCUCUCGCGCUUCGUCGUACAAAGAUAAAACAGGAAAAGAACAAGGAGUCAGAAUCAAGCAGUACGCCUAGAUCCCGACGGAAGGCCAUUAAGACCUACAUUGACAUCGACGAGGACGACAAAGAGCUGGAUGUUCCACUUAAAACCAUAAAGAAGGAGCUCAAAGCUGAGGAAACAGUUUCCCUUGAGCGUCACUACUUCGGACAAACAAAAGGAGACUCGCCGGAAGAGACCAUGAUCGCUGUUGAAUGUCCCGAGUGCGGAGUGGUGUUCAACGAGAGUACCCAAUUACUCCAUCAUCUAUAUGAUCACGUGAUUUCGAGUUCGGAGACGGACCCCGUUGCACAAUGUGUAUACUGCUUGGCCAAGUUGCCUGCAGCUGAACUGGUCACUCAUCUGCGCGUGCGACACCCGAUAGAUACAAAGUCACCUGAACUUUUCACCUAUGCCUGUCUCAUUUGUGAGACGAGAUUCGCAGCUGUAUUGACAUUAGCUGCGCAUAUGCAAAAGGCACAUGCCCCUCGAGAGCUUCCAUAUGCCUGUCCGAAGUGCCCGUAUCGCGCUUCCGCACACCGUGCUACACUUGACCACCUCUACUCCGUACAUCGCAUGUCUUCCGCACUCUACUGUCCCUUCUGUCUCAAGAUGAUCCCAGUUUACGCGAACGGAUGCGAAAUGCGCGCCAAUUUGGUCGUGUUUCUGGAGCACCUGCGCCAACAUCAGCAAAGCCAGCUGGAGGUGCGAUGCAAUCGUUGCGUCUUGCGCUUCGUUCAUCUCGGACAACUCAAGGAGCAUCAAGUACGCGACCAUAACUCAAUGAGCGACACCUUGCCACUUUGUUCUGAAGAGCACUUAAUCAACCAUCCCAAGAACAAAGCCCGCCCACCCGUUAAAGACUCGACGAACCACUCUAUCAGCGAGACCUUCGAAGACGUGACUCUUGUUCUACCUGACGGAAUGCUGUGCCGAGAGUGUGACACGCCACUUGAUAGCAACAAACAUUUCCUAGGCGUGACUACGUGUAACAAGUGUCCGUACGUGACGUCUUGUUACCGCGGUAUGCUGAAUCAUAGCAGCUGCUGCGCUGGACCACACUCACUCGAAGAUGCCCCUCGAAAUGCGCCCAACACCCUCUACUGCGUGUGCGGGUACUCUACUAUCGUCGGUACGGAUAUGUUGACCCAUUUGUUGCUCACACAGCACACAAGUGCGUACUCAUCUGAAGAAGAAGCUCGGGCUAACAUAGUGCAAAACAAUAUUCCUCCGGAAUCUGCACCUCCUGCAGUUCAAACUACCACCCUUGCUGUCCAAACUACCACCCUUGCUGUCCAAACUGCCCCCACUGAUGUCCAAACUACCCCCCCUGAAGACCAAACUACUCCCACUGAGUCCACUAAACUUGACGAAGAUAAUAAUGACGCAGGUCAAAGCGCGGAAAAUAGCAUGUCUUCGUUAUCCGAGUAUGCUCCCCCAUCCGUUAUCAAUACGCAGUUAUCUUUGGAUGAUUUAGCACCUCCCUCGUUAUUGCAACAAGAUCAGCAUGAUCAAGAGCUACUGAGACAAGAAGCAUAUGACCGCCCACUGGCUACACCUCGGCAUGAUGACCAACACUACACCCUUGGGGACUUCGAACCUUUGCCACAAGAGCCCCCACCACAACCAGACUUUGAACAACUUUAA